AUGCAUCCAUAUGCUUCGUCUCUUUCCCCUGCUCGACCACAUGCAUACGUGGUACAUUCACAUUCUCCAUCCGACUCCCACCUGCCCCUGACCCGAACCAGAAUCUUGUUCAGAUUAUCCAAUUUUCUCUUUGGUCUACUCAACAAUGCUCUGUAUGUCGUCAUCCUCACUGCUGCGCUCGAGCUCUUACCCAGAGGGGUGCCGACUGGCGUGGUGGCUGCUGCAAACAUCGCCCCUGCACUCGUUGCCAAGGCUAUCUGGCCUUAUGUGCUCAAGGGAGAGAUUCGAUAUGCUAGGAGGGUCGUCGCUUGCUCCACCAUCAGCUUUGUGGGGAUGAUUCUCAUUGCGUUCUCGACUUCGCUGGAAAACAAACUGAUCGGGAUCAGUAUGGCUAGUUUCAGCUCCGGUCUUGGCGAACUGACCUUCCUGCAGCUUAACACGAGGUACGGCCACAGCGGAGCGGGUGACGGAGUUGGCUGGUUCGCUUCGGGUACAGGUGCUGCUGGACUACUAGGCGCUGCAGCUUGGUGGAUCGUAAGACCUCUGGGCGUCAAAGGAGGUUUGACCUUGCUAUCAAUUCUGCCCGGCAUCAUGGCUCUGGCAUACUUUGUCAUCCUGCCGAGCAAAGAAGCGCUUGGUGCCGAGGUGCCAGCCGGCUACACUGCGAUUGGUACGCAAGAAGCUGACGCGGAUUUUGUGGACGGCGAAGAGGAAAAUGACGAUGCCAGACCUGGAGCUACUAGCGCGCAGGGCCAUCAAGAAGACCCGGAAGGCCUUCCGACUUCGGCAGCAGUGUCGGUCCCUUUUGCUCGAAAGAUGCAAUUGAUCAAGCCCAUGCUGCUUGUCUACAUUGCUCCGCUUGUAUUGGUCUACUUUUUCGAAUACACGAUCAAUCAAGGCGUAGCGUCUACGCUGCUUUAUCCACUGCCGGAUCCCAGCGAACACUGGAUUCUUUCGCUCUUCAUUAAGAAGCUUAGCGAUUACUACCCUCUGUACCAGUUGACAUAUCAGACGUUCGUGUUUCUCUCAAGAUCGUCUAUCAGCAUCUUGCGUCUGCCAGCUAUUCCUCAGCGGCUGUUGUGGAUACCGGCUAUCCUGCAAGGUCUUCUACUGGCCAUACUCAUCUCGGAGAGUCUCUCCGCUUGGUUCUCGCCCAACAUCGCCAGCCCCCUGGUCAUCGUUCUCGUGUGCCUAGAGGGACUCGCAGGGGGCAGCGCCUACGUCUCGGUCUUCUAUCAACUCUCACGAGAUUCUUCCAACUCGCUAGACAAAUCGACAACCCGUGCUGCUGAUGGCGAGUCGAGUCUGGCCACCGAGUCGGAGCAGGAAAGAAGGACGAGGCUGUCUCAGGAACACGAAUUCAGAAUAGGCUCCAUUGGAUUGGCAGACUCUUUUGGCAUUCUUAUUGCCGCGCUCGUCUCUAUGCCCCUCGAGCUGUGGUUGUGCGGACGACAGGUCGCUGCGGGCCGUUUGCUCUGCAAAGAGGUCAAGGCUGGGACUUAG